UUGUGGCUCGGGCUCGCUCUAACGGCUGAUUCAUCGGCGUUAUUUAGGGGAAGCAAUAGUUUUGGGAUGAGUCUAAAAAGGCCAUCGGAGCUCUAUAAACACCUAAGAGUUUCCAAGAGAUAUAUCCUGGGGAAAUCCCAUGAUGACAUAGUGACAUCGCUCCCAAAAGAUGAAGAUGCCCCCGAGCUAGAGUCACGACUUCAAUUCCAUAAGCAAUUUAUGAUAGGAGCGCAAAGUAACAGAGCGGGGUUAGGAUCAAAUAGGAAAGUCCAAGAUGCGGAUAUAUUGAAGUCUUUUAUUCGGCAAGACGAGAAUGAUAAAUAUAAGAUCCAUGCAAUGAAUUUAGAAAUGCAGAACGAGUGGUUAGACAUAGGAGAUUUUUGCAUCCCAUUAGCAUUAAAAUGGCGCACUUUAAUUUAUGAUUGGUCGCCAGCGUUGCUAAAAUUCUAUCUCAAUGCGUUCCAGAUGACUCUCCCAGAUCAGAGUAAUUUAGUAAGAUGGGGUAAAAGUACCGAAAAAACUUGCUAUAUCUGUGGAAAGGCAGUUGGAACUGCUAAGCAUCUGCUGGUGGGAUGUAAGUCUUUCGGUAGCCAGAGCGCAAAAGGAAAUAACCACAAACGAACGAUCAGUAGGUUUUUUGUGAGAGAAGGCACUAGGGCUACAAAAUCAAACGUCAAGCCUUACUCCAUCCUUAAAGCGGCGUCGGAUUGGACUAUAAUGAUGGACACGUAUGAAAAACAAUAUAAAAUCCCCGAGGAUAUUUGUGCGUCGGCCUCCAGACCGGAUAUAUUUUUGUUUUCGCGAAUUUUAAAGCGCGUAGUGAUGAUAGAGCUUACGGUCCCUUGGGAAACCAACAUCCCCAAAGACCAUACCAUCAAGGUCAACAAAUAUUACGAGCUCACAAACGAACUCACUCGAAAUAGGUUCGUAGUAGAUUUGUACGCGGUAGAGGUGGGAGCGAGAGGUAUAACAGCGAAAUCUCUCUACAACCUACUAAAGGACUUGGGCUUGUCCAGAACUCACAUUAAUGCAUUCUUGGAACGUAUAUCGAAGGCAGCCCUAGUAGGUUCUUUUCAAAUUUGGUUAGGUAGGGAGAGGAGCUUGGACAGUGGAGGUGAGCGUAUAACGCGCGUUAAAUAA